CGCAAACAUGCACACAUAUACCCGAAUAGAUACCACACAUAUGGCGGUAGAAAACUCAAGUCACAGCUGUUUUGCCAAAAUAGUAGAGUAAAGUGGAGUGUAAAGAAAGACAGUGUUUAUAAAGAAAAUAUAUAAAAAUUAUCAUAAAACAAAAAACAAAGUUUUUUGUGUCCUAAAGUAAAAAAAAACACAGCUACUUGUCGUUUUCAAAUUUGUUGAAAGGCAAAGACAUCCUUUUUUUGUUUGUUCAAUGCAAUAGAAGUAACAGAGUGAAAUAGUUUUGUGGAUUGACAUUUGAUUGUGUAGUUUGGGACAUAAUUCCUUGUAAAGUUUAAAGUGAAAAUAAAUUAAAAUAUUUUUCACCCUUAACGUUUUUGUGUCCCCAAGAACCUAUAACAUUCCAUUAUAAAUUCUAUGUUUGUGUUUUUGUUGUUGUUUUCUUUCGCAGCUUUUUCUUAAGUCUCAUGGGCUAAGUAGAGACACAUUGGAAUUCUGCUGAAAAUCUCACAUUUUGUCCUAAGCACCUAAAAUGACUUCCUCAUUGAGGCAAUGUCGACUGUGUCUUCAAUCCGAAGGAGAGUUUCAUGAACUCUUCGAUACAAAUGGCAGGGGCAAUAAAUGGCAUGAUCUGACUUUGGAAUAUUUUCACCCAAAGAUAGUGGACAUGGCUAAGGCCAAGCAUCUGAGGGCCAUCUGCAAGGAGUGUCGAUUUAAAAUGUGGGACUUUCACAUUUUUCAAGAGACUGUUCGAAGGCGUCAAAUAAAACUGAGUAGAACUCAAACUCAGGUAUCUGUGAAAGAGGGUAAUGCUGAUAAAGAAGGUGGAGGUGAUGAUGAUGACGAUGACGUUGUAUUUUGCGGUGAUGAUAAAGAAGAGGACAACACCAUGGACAAGAAGACCUUGUCACUCGUAAUACAUUCCGCAGAGGGUGACACCCAAAUGGUUUUCGAAGUCUCAGCGUUUGAAGCAACUGCUAACAAGGAAGUAAAAUCUGACAUUGUUCAGCCAGACUUGGAAAUCGAUGUUCAGUCGGAUGCCGAAUUUAUCUCAGAGAACGAGCAGGAGCAGCAUUUUGGUGAUAUUGUCAAUGCAGCCCUUGAGAACAGAAGUGAUGACGAUGGUGAUGAGGAUGUCAUAUUUGUACCCCAACUUGAUAACGAAACUAAGGAUAGUGGCGGAGAUAAUAAUAAAAUUGAUGAGCUUUUGGCCACUUGGAUACCUAAUAUACAAUGUGUGCAUUGUCCUGUCACCUAUCCCACCAUUAAGCAACUGAAAAAACAUUUUCGCCUUUGCCAUAGCGAUGAGGAAUUUUACAUUUUGUGCUGUGGCCGUAAGCUGAAGACUCGACGCCAUAUCGGAGAACAUUUGAUGGUGCACAAUGAUCCGGAGGCCUUCUAUUGCAAAAAGUGUGGCAAUCCCUAUACGAGUAGCAAUAGCUUGAGAGGUCAUAUGCUAACAAAGCAUACCACUCGCAUGAAAUUCAAAUGCAAAAUCUGCGGCAAAAGCUUCCAGGUUUCCAAGGGUCUUGAGGUACAUGAAAGUCUGGUGCAUGGCAAAGAUAUGCGAAUUGCGCCCGAUAUAAAAACAACAGCAGAUGGCAAAAAAUUGUAUGGUUGUCGUCAAUGUGGAAAUGUUUAUAAAACGGAUAUCGCCUUCAGGUCGCAUCGUUAUAAUGUGCAUACGCGUGAGGCUAAACGUAAAUGCAAAUAUUGCGGAAGGCUAUUCAAGUCUAAAUAUAGCCAUAAAAUUCAUGAGGAAUCCCACGAUGACAAUGGGCGUGAGCAAAUUACCUGCAUUGUAUGCGGCAUUAAGUUUCAGCGAAAAAUGCCUACAAACUCGCGUAGAUGGACUAUGAAGAAUUCCUCUGGCCACAUCAACAAGUGCAGAAGUUGUAGUAGAAAGGCAAAUCAGAAUACUAGUUCUCAGUUAGCAGCAGAUGGUGUGGUGAAGUCCGAGACCAAGGAUUCAUACGCUUGCGUUUAUUGUCCCAUGACUUUUGGCUCAAAAAGUCUGGUAAUGACACAUCGACGAAGAAAACAUCCCAGGAAGAGCAACAAAAACUAUUAUCAAGAAAUAAAGCAUGAGCCAACAGCGACGAUUAGCUGUGUAAAAUAUGAAAAGGAAUAGUGAGAGCCAUUUAAAUCCCUCAAAAAAAAAAAAAAAUAAA